GUGACUGUGUUUAUGUCCGAAACAAAUUUGAAAAGUAGUGCGUCAUUACCUGGCGGAAGAAUAUCCUAUGUAGUAGUUAAACUGAAAGUACAGUAUAUUGCUUCAGUAGAAACAAUUUAACAAGAGAUAAAUAAACCAAUUUAUGAAAAAGAGAGAAAAAACAGUUUAGAGAUAAACAAUUGCAGAAAACUAAAGACGAGAUAAAAAUGAGAGAAAAAAAUAUAAGUUUACUACUAUGUCAUCUGGUUGGCAUAGUUACAGUUGUCAUGGGUGAUCUGUACCUCCAUGCCCCUAGAGGGUCAAAUAACAGGCUCAAUGAAAAAUCUGCAAACAGAGCAAAUGCAAACAGGCUAUUUGAUUCACAGAAUAACAACAGAGGAGGUUAUAAUGUUGGUGAUUUAACAGAUGUACCUGCUGGGGAAAAUGCUGCAAAACAGUAUAAUAUGCAUUAUUUUCAAAGUGGACCAUCAGCAAAUAAGGCAACGGGCUAUGGAGGCACUCAACUGACAAUAGAAUGGACCAAUCAGCAUGGAUGUGGUGGCAAUGAAGACACUGACCCUCAAAAACAAAAUUGUAACAUGGUUCUACAAUACAUGUGUGAAGAUGCUAUGGAAAAUAUACCUGCAUUGAAAGAGCAGAUAAGGGAUGGUACAUCAACCCAAACAAUGGAGUAUACUCCUCCAGCCGGUAUGGAUGAGACUAAAGCCCAGGUCAUUACAAGAAAGAAUGGGGCCCUGGACACAUCACGGGGGUUGCAGGAAGCAUGGGAAAUGUAUGAUGACUGCUAUGUGAGAGAACGAAAUCUAGGGCUUUUUACUGCUGAUCAGAAUUUGAAGAAAAACAAGUUUGGUGUCAGCAGUUCAAUUUACUCAAGACAAAAUCCUAAUGGAAAUCGUCGUGGUUACGAAUGUCCUGAAGAAAGGGACUACUUUCCUUACUGGCAUCCAACCCAGUGGAAGGAUAUCGCUGUACUAGCAGAAAAUAGUUCCAUGUGCAGUCAUUAUCAAGAAAACAGUUUUAAUGUACAGCCUUACUACAAAUGUGUGGAGUUUUAUUCACCGGGAAAACCAAAACACUCAUCAAGGUGGAAUAAUGAAAAACAAUGUACAGAUAAUGGUGGACAAUGGAUUUUAUUCCAUAACUACCUUGAGGCAGCCAAACGUUAUACUACUGAAGGAAGUUGUGUGUCUGCCAGUAAUGGUAAUGUAAAAUAUAUAUGGGCAGUGCCAUAUGAUGCAGAAGAUGUCACCAAGAAACAAUGUCUGGUUGCCUUGGAAACACCAGAUUGUUAUGACGCUCCCUGGUCAAGAUCAAACCAUUUAGGUAAUGGAAGAGGUGAUGGACAACCACUGACUUAUACAUGGACUCUUCCAUAUUUCCCAUCAGGCCAUGAACAUAAAUGUGUUUUAAGAAUGAGAUAUAACAUAUCAACAGAUGAUUAUGAUCCAUACAAUACCAAUGCCAGCCAGAAUGCCAACAGACGUCUGAAUAUUGUAUCGCCAGUACAGGAUAAUACAGAGAUAGAUGUUGGUGGCCCUACUAAUCUACAGAUGGCAUUAAAUACUGAUCAGACAGGCAGGGUUUUUCAGGAUAGAACACACAUAUUUAGACUUAUGCCACGCCCAAAAGGUCUUGAACGGGAGCGUAUAUUAAACUUAAAUGUUCGUGGUAAGAGAGGAAAUAUUGUGCAGGUGUAUCCAGCUGUGGAAUAUGACUUUACACCCAAUCAUUUACAUAUCUCUCCAACAGAUUUGGUGCAUAUACAAUGGACAGUGUCUACUUUCAAUUCAUUAACAAUAUACUAUUUUCUAGGCUCGGACAGAAACAACAUGGCACAGAUUGGUGACCUCAAUGACAAUUUUCCUCUUCCAUAUGAGCAGACGACAAUGUGGAAAAAUGCGGAUGUUGUUUGGAUUUUUCAUGGGAGACAGUUUAUCCCCCAAAAGUUUUGCUCAAAAAGGGGCAUCUUCGGGAUAUUAAGAUGUUUUAAGAAAUCAUCUUGCAAAGAGCCAGAGCACAGGGACUUUAUUGUAGAGACCAAAACAACACCUCUACAAAACCAGUUAGACAACGCCCCAGCUUCAUUUCAGGGAGCAGUUCUAAAAUUCAAGAAAGGGACCUAUCAUUAUAUGAACACAAGAAAUAAUAACUUUACAAAUAGAUCAAACAAAGGAACAAUUCAUGUUUCAUAAAAGUAGACUUAUAUUUAUGUAACUUUGUUUUUGGAAAUACUCAUAUAAUAUUUUUGUGCACUAUGCAAUUUUGGUAGUGUAAAUUAGUUACAAGAUUACAAAAUCAAUGCUCAAACGUUGUUUAUAUUUGAUUAUUUCAUAUAAUUGAUCUAUAUAUGUUUUAAACACACCCUAAAAUGAAUGUUUUCACAUUGAUAAUACCUAAGAAAUAACUUUUUGCAUGUCUGUGUUUUUAUUUUAAUUAAAGACAAACAAUUUUAUUGAGAAAGUGAAUAUUGUGUUAGUUUGCAUAUUAUGCAAAUUUCAGGACUGUUUACUAAUCACACAUUAUCUUUUCUUUGUCAAGGAAAGAGAAUAAUUUAAGAUAUAUGUUUUUCUAGUGAAGAAAUAUUGUUACAAAAUGGUGCUUAACUUAAUGAUAUAUUAUAGUUAUGGACGUGUGUUAGCCUGGUUUUAUACUGGUUGUCUAAUUAUUAUUAGUGCUGGGUAUCAGACAAUUUACACCAUUGUGCCAUGUACAUGUGUAUCUCUGUGUAAUAGUCAAUCAUUAGGAACUAAUACAAUAUAUAAGUUACUGUCAAUAAAAUUAUUUUGUAUGUAAUAAUCUUUCCAUAAUAUAAGAUACAGAUAUUUUGGACAAAUACCUAUCUGAAGGAAUUGUGUUUCUCUCCCUUUAUAAUUUAAUGUAUGUAUGAACUACUUUAUUUAAUAUUGAUAAUAAUCAGUUCUUUAUGUUUGAAUGAAAUUGUUCAUUUUCAUGUCAUAUUGUAUUUCUGCUGGUUCAGAAAUAAGCUUUAAUAUCUGUCUUUGUAUGCACACUGUAUGCUUGCCACUUUUGUUACUGUGAAUGUGCAAAACCUAAUUAUUAUAUGUAAUAAAACUAUUAGAAAUGCUA